GCCCCGCGCCGCGCCCGCCGCGCCGCUCCAGCAUGCACGGAGGAUGCUCGCGUCUUGCUCGGGCAGGAAGGGGCCGGAGGGCAGGUACCCGCUGCAUUACCUCGUCUGGCACAACCGCGCCCGUGACCUGGACCGGGAGCUCAGCGCCAAGCAGGCGGACAUCGAGCAGCUGGACCCCCGAGGACGCACUCCCCUGCACCUGGCCACCACACUGGGCCACCUGGAGUGUGCCAGAGUGCUGCUGAAGCAUGGCGCCGAUGUGGGCAAGGAGAACCGCAGCGGAUGGACAGUCCUGCAGGAGGCUGUGAGCACCCGUGACCUGGAGUUGGUGCAGCUGGUCCUGCGCUACCGCGACUACCAGAGAGCCAUCAAGCGCCUGGCGGGGAUCCCCGUGCUGCUGGAGAAGCUGCGCAAGGCCCAGGAUUUCUACGUGGAGAUGAAGUGGGAGUUCACCAGCUGGGUGCCCUUGGUGUCCAAGAUCUGCCCCAGCGACACCUACAAGGUGUGGAAGAGUGGCCAGAACCUGCGGGUGGACACCACACUGCUGGGCUUCGACCAUAUGACCUGGCAGCGGGGCAACCGCAGCUUCGUCUUUCGGGGACAAGACAGCAGUGCGGUGGUGAUGGAGAUUGACCAUGACAGGCGGGUGGUCUACUCGGAGACGCUGGCCCUGGCUGGCCACGACCAGGAGGUGCUGCUGGCUGCUGUGCAGCCCACCGAGGAGCAGGUGAUGGGGCGGCUGACGGCCCCCGUUGUCACCACCCAGCUCGACACCAAGAACAUCGCCUUCGAGAGGAACAAGUCCGGGAUCCUGGGCUGGAGGAGCGAGAAGACGGAAAUGGUGAAUGGGUAUGAGGCAAAGGUCUAUGGUGCUUCCAACGUGGAGCUGAUCACACGGACACGGACCGAGCACCUCUCAGACCAGCACAAGGGCAAGAGCAAAGGCUGUAAGACCCCCCUGCAAUCCUUCCUGGGCAUCGCUGAGCAGCAUGUGGGGCCCAACAAUGGGACGCUGAUCACACAGACACUGAGCCACGCCAACCCCACUGCCAUCACCCCUGAGGAGUACUUCAACCCCAACUUCGAGCUGGGCAACCGGGACAUGGGACGGCCCAUGGAGCUCACCACCAAGACACAGAAGUUCAAGGCGAAGCUGUGGCUGUGUGAGGACCACCCGCUGUCCCUGUGUGAGCAGGUUGCCCCCAUCAUCGACCUCAUGGCAAUAAGCAACGCGCUCUUCGCCAAACUGCGGGACUUCAUCACCCUGCGGCUCCCGCCCGGCUUCCCCGUCAAGAUUGAAAUCCCCAUCUUCCAUAUCCUCAACGCCCGAAUAACCUUCGGCAACCUCAAUGGGUGUGACGAGCCAGUCAGCUCCCUGCGGCACAGCCCCAGCAGCGAGGCACCCUCACCCAGCAGCGACUCCUCCAGCGUCAGCAGCUCCAGCUCCCUCACCUCGUGCCGAGCAUGUGAGAUGGACCCGGCGCUGUUCGAGGUGCCGCGGGGGUACAGCGUGGUGGGCACCCACCAGGACGCCCUGCGGGAGGACGAGGAUGACCUGCUGCAGUUUGCCAUCCAGCAGAGCCUGCUGGAAGCGGGCAGCGAGUAUGACCAGGUGACCAUUUGGGAAGCACUGACCAACAGCAAGCCGGGCACCCACCCCAUGUCGCACGAGGGCCGCCGGGGAGACAGGUUGGACUCCCCAGCACACGGCAGCCCCGCGUCCCCAAGUGGCCCCGGCGCCGGGGGCCGGCAGGGCGCCGGGCACGCUGUUCCCCAGCUACGCGGAGCAGCUGCGCCUGGCCAUGGCGCUGUCGGCGCGGGAGCAGGAGGAAGCGGAGCGCCGGACGCGCCAGGAGGAGGAGGAUCUGCAGCGCAUCCUGCAGCUCUCUCUGACGGAGAAGUGACCCCGCAGCCCCACUGA